GGAUUUUUGUACUUUGUGUAAGCUAAAGUUGAAAGGUUAUGUUAGCUGAUUCAUGUGAAUUAUUUAGUAACUUAACUUAUUUAGGAUACAAUACGUGAACCCUUCUUGUGGUUGAUCAUAAAAAUGGGUUGCUUUUACAUUUGAUUAUCCAAAACAUUUCUUAUACAUGAUUUAAAAUCAUUACAACUUUAAAUGAGUUUCAACUUUGUAAAUCCCAAGGUGCAUAACAAAUGUUGUUCUAGUGAUUUGAUAUUCAUCUUCGUUGAUGAGUGUAGUUAACGCCCGAGGUAAAAAUCUUGAUGUGAGUAGGCCUACAAUUACAAAUUGAUUUUCAACUAUUGGUGCAUUAUGGAAUGUGAUUUGGAAAGACUUACGAUUAAACAGAAAAUAAAAGAGCUAAUGAAAUGGCAAGAAACUCAAGAGAAAUCGUUUCAUAACCAAUCUUCUGAAUCUUCCAGUGCUGAUAAUGAUAAAUUUCAUAUUGACAGUAAAUUAGAGGACGAUCAGUCAUCUGGUAGAAUUAUGGAAAGCUACGAUAAAUUUCUUCCUUCAAAUAUAGAAGUAGUAAAUGAUAAAUUUAGCAAUAAUGAUGUUGCAAUUACUAUCAAAGCCAAGAAACCUUUUCUUAGAAAAGGAGCUGGUUUAGCCCGAUACAAAAUGACUCAUAAUACAGUUUCUUCCAACAGGCCUAAAUCAAGGCAAACUAAUGCUGCAAAAUCAGAUUAUUCUAAUAAUAAGCCUGUAACAAAAUCAAAGACAUGUAAUCAGACUAUUCCUGAUGACUUAGGAACCAAUUCAAGAAAAAUGAAGGUGACAAAAUCUAAUUUUUGUACUUCUGAUGAGAUUGAAAGUAAAUCCAGUGGAAUGCAGGUGGCAGUACCUAACAAACUAGAAGAUGUCACCAAGUGGGCAGAUGUUCUUCAAAAACAAUCUGAAAUGUCUAGUCGAGAAGCUGAUGAACUGAGGAUAUUUGAAAUGCUGGAAGAAAAGGCGGCUGAAUCAAGCUUUUGUUCCUCGUCGUCUAUUGUUGCAAAAUUUAUGGAAUUGACUGUUAGAUCUACUCCCAAGAAAAAUAAAAAUAAUAAAGUCGGUAUUACAUGUUCCGAGACGUUGAAAGUAGUCGACCUGGCAUGUCCAGUGAAUGGGGAGUGCUAUUCGAGCAGCGAUGGUGAAUCUGAUUUUGCCUCUUCAGAUUGUGAUUCAGAAAAGUCAUCCUGCUCUUUGACCAGUGAAGGUCGUAUGAUUCUCUCUUUAAUCGACAAGUACAGAGAAUUUGCUCUUCUAGACGGAGAUCUCGGUUCUAACUCAUUUUCAAACAUCUCUGAUAAUAAUGUGAAUGACUUCUUCCAUAGGACUAAUCGUGCGGAAACUCCAGUAAAGAUACGUGAAAUCAAGGAAAAUGAAACAUGUGACAGGGAGGUAGAACCUAAUAACGAUGCUUCACAAUCCUUAGAUGAUAUUGAUGAAGAAGUUAAUGAAACACUACUUGAUCCAAGCAAGAAUGAAGAUUUAAAAGCGACGAGCUCAAUUACUCCUGCAGUAGAUAAAUGUAGUUCAACAAAUAUGACAACUAAUGACAAUUUAAACAAGAAUGGGAAUACCAAUCCAACAAAAAUGACUCAUAGGCCUAAUGAAAAUUCAAAUGACACAGAUUCGGUCAUGGAUGGAUCAGUUCCAUAUGGUGUGGGGCUCAUCAAUGGCGCUUGUAACUUACAGUCUUAUAUGAAAAAGAUACAAGAAGAAUUGAAGAACUUGGAAAAUGAAACAGAACGAGUGCGACAAGUGAGAGGGAGGUAUGAGGAGGAGUACAGGAAAUUCAAGAGAGAGAAAGAAACUUUUUUAAGGACUCAUGAAAACGAACGACGUCUCUUUGAAAUUGAAAUAGAAGAAGAGAAGAAGAAGCUGCAAAAGGAAAGAACAGUCUUUGAGAGACACUCGAAACCACUUAGAAGUAAACCAGCUCUUGCUCUUGAAAACGAGAUAAAAAUGUUGCAGGAAAAAGUUCUGAAACUCCAGGAUGAACUGAAAGAGAAGCAAAAGAAUUGGGCUAUAUCUCAAUCCUCUGUCAGAUCUCAACUGCACAGUUUAGUGGAAGCGAACAAAACCCUGCGUCAAGAAAUGAUUGAAAUGAAAGAUAGAGAAAAGAAACUACUGGAAAAAGAGAAAAAAAACAGAAUUCAUAGUUAUAGACAAAAAUCACAAUUUAAGAAUGUGAACGAUCAUUUGGAAGCUGUUAAUGAAUCCGAUUUUGAGCCACCAGCGGUUGUAGAAUGUAUCAGCUCAAAUACUGCUCCUAAGACAAAUGUGCGAGUGAUGAAAAAUGUGGAAAAAUCCUGUGAUAAGAACGAUAACGUCAACGAAGAUCACUUAUUCCCACCUGAGAAACCUUUAAAAAUUCUUCAUCCAAACGGUGACAUUCAAAUAACUUAUGAUGAUGGAACAAAUCACUACUACUUCAAGGAAUCACAUGUUUGGCAUAAAAAGUACUGUGAUGGCUUGGAGUUGGUUGUAUUUGAUGAUGGACAAAUUGAGAUUAAUUUCGAAGAUGGAACAAGAGAGGUGCUUUAUACCAACGGGUGCCGUAAACUAUUCGUGACUGGUGGUGACGAAUUAUGGUGCUACAAAAACGGUGACCAUGUAAUAGUGAAAAAAAGCGGUGAUAGAGUUUUGGCUUUUGCAUCGGGUGAAGUUGAAAUUCACCGAAAAGAUUAUAAACUGAAACAAUAUCCUGAUAGCUCUUGCAAGUAUUUGUUUGCGAACGGUGUAACUGAGACUAGGUAUGCGGAUGGAAGGGUUCGGGUGAAAGACAAGGAGGGUAAUUUAUUGAAGGACAAUAAACAGGAUCUCACUCAACAAUGUAUGAAACUACUUGACAAAGUGAUGACUAAUUCAUCAUGAACUCUUGAUGAAUUAUUCCAUGGCUGUGAUAAACAUAUAAAAUACUAGUUCUAGUCUCCCCGAAAAUAAUUAGGUGAUUUUGAAUUGACAAACUAUCAUCCUUGAAGUAAUUAUUUGUUCAUCAAAUUUAAAAAUUCAAUUGAGUAUUAGCCUUCCAUUAUCUUCGAUUCAAAACGGUGGUGUUUAAUAGCUUAUCAAUUCAUAAUAAACUUCAAAAGCAAGUGUCAACAUCGGAAACUAUCCAUAUUUUCUAAUCAAUUCAUUAAGCUAUAAUGAAUUUACUGAGUAUUUGAUGAGUCAUUUCCACCAAGGCUUACAACAUGGAAGGUAGAAGACCUCCUGUUUUUAUCAAAGUUGAGGUGGAUGGUUGCAGUUUCCGCAGAUGCAAGAGUUGUUGGGGUCAGGAAUUGGAGGCGUGGUGCCACGGAUAGAGUAGAAUGGAGGCAAAUGUUAGAGGAGGCCAAAAUCCGCUUUGGAUUGUAGAGCUAAUGAUAAUGAAUUUACUUUUUCAAAGAGCUCUAAAUAUACUCUACGAAGCAAAAAAUAAAAGUGUUUGGUGAAAUAGCAGUUUCUUUGCCAAGCUUUUUCUUCUCUGUUAAUAAUAAUAGUAUUUUCUAUUGUCUUGAGUAUAUGACAAAUACAUGGACAUCGUUAGAACAAAAAUUACAAAACAAUAUCACAGUUAUAUAAUAGUGAUACUACAGCUAUUGAAUAAAGCUAAAAGAAACAACAAUAUUAUAAAUGAAAAUAGCACACGAGUCAUGAAAGAAAUAACAUAUUACAUAUAUACCUGUGAAUAAUAGAUCACAUGCUUAUCAUCUACCUGGAGUGCAUCAGUUUCAUUCCAAUUUUAUUACAGUACAUCAUUGCAUAGCAAUGAAAUAAUGGAUGAAACUGGAGAUCGAAGAGAGUAUUUGUCUGUCACCUUGCACACUGAUGUCGGUGAUCUGAAAGUUGAACUUUUCUGUGAGGCGUGUCCGAAAGCCUGUGAGAAUUUUUUAGCUCUUUGCGCGAGUGAUUACUACAACGGAUGUGCUUUCCAUAGAAAUAUCAAGGGCUUCAUCGUUCAGACGGGAGAUCCAACUGAUACUGGCAAAGGUGGAAAUUCUAUCUGGGGAAAGAAAUUUGAAGAUGAAUUCAAAGAUAACGUGAAGCACAGUCAACGAGGAACACUUUCAAUGGCCAACAAUGGACCGAAUACGAAUGGAAGUCAGUUCUUCAUCAGUUACGCCGCUCAACCUCAUCUUGACCUCAAGUAUACUCUAUUCGGCAAAAUAAUUGAUGGAUUUGAUGCACUUGAUGAACUUGAGAAACUUCCUGUCAAUCCGAAAAACUACAAGCCUCUCAGUGAAACCAGAAUCAAUAGUGUGACCAUUCAUGCUAAUCCUUUAGCUGGAUAACUGCCUUUAUUCAAUCAGUAUUCUUACUAAUUUUAUAAAUUUAAACUUAUUUUUGUAUAUAAAUUAGUAUGUAUCAGUAGUCGA